AUGGUAUCCGGGAGGCGGUUCUUGCUCGGCGUCCUGUGCUUCUUGUCUCUCGCCUCGCCGGCCUUUCAGGAGUGCAAGGAGGCGUACAGGCUGCGGCGACCGACACACACUGCUUGCAGGCCUCCCAACAAGAACUGCAAAAUUGCGAAGAAAGGGGUCAGCCCGACGGACAUCGUCCUCAUCCUGAAGACGCACAACGACUACCGCAGCAUGGUGGCCAUGGGCAAGCUCAAGGGCUUCCCAGCGGCUGCCGACAUGCGCGAGCUAGAAUGGGACGCCGAGCUAGCCUCCGUCGCUCAGGCUCUCGCCGAGCAGUGCACGGAUAGCGAAGGCGAGUCCGACCACGACAACUACCGGGACCGGUUCACCACCCAGUUCCCCAAAACAGGCCAGAACCUGGCAUUCAGGGGCCGCAACUUCCCGUUCCACAAGAACGACUGGACCGGACGCGUCAGGGAGUGGUUCGUGGAGCACGCCGACUACGAGCCGGAGCGACGUCACAGCUUCCGCAAACUUCCUCAGGACAAGCGCAAGCCGACGGGCCACUUCACCCAGCUCGUGUGGGCCGAGACGAGCUUCGUGGGCUGCGGCUUCGUCGAGUACAGCGUGGUGAACGCGACCCGCCUGCCGUACAUGCAGUACUACGUGUGCAACUACGCCGCGACGGGUAACGUCUUCAAGAGGCCCCUGUACCGCGAGGGUGAGCCGUGUUCCGCCUGUCCCGCUGGUACGGUCUGCGACAAGGGGGUCGGACUGUGUUCUCUCGAAGGAAAGAAAGAAAAUAGUCAACUCGGAAAAGAGGGAGAGAAACUGGAGCGAGCUGAACCGAAUGCUGCUGCUUCCGGGCUGUAUUGGCAAGGGGCAGUAUUCUGCACAGUGGUGAUUGGAGCACUUGGAACGCUGCGGGGACAACGCGCGAUUUUUCUUAUUUAGGUACACCACGUCCAAUGGGACCUUCUGUCAAUCCAAAACACGAUCUGGCGUCGAGGUAUACUCUAUACAUCUAAUAGUGCUAGUGCGCAACUUGCGAAAUAUUCGCCUACUGAACCGU